UGUGGAAUGUGUAAUGGCACUGCGCCACUGGCUGCACCCGGCUUUCCUAGUACGGGGUGUGCCUAUGGGUACUGUCCUAUCGCGGAAAGUGGUCACCACAGACGCAUGUCUGACGGGCUGGGGAGGUAUAUAUACGAAGGUCGACCUGUGAGGGGUCUCUGGAGCAGAGAUCUCCAACGGUCACAUAUAAACUAUCUGGAGCUUUUAGCGGUGUUUCUCACCCUAAAACGCUUUCUGCCUUUUCUCAAAGGACAUCAUGUCCUCGUGAGGACAGACAACACGACCACAAUAUCGUAUAUAAACCGUCAAGGGGGUUUGCGUUCUCUCCAGUUACACAUGCUGGCAUGCAAACUGAUACUAUGGAGCUGCGGCCGUCUCCUUUCUCUGAGAGCAACGCACGUACCGGGGGUGAUGAACCUCGGAGCGGAUCUGUUGUCCAGAGGUGCACCACUAUAUGCAGAUUGGACUCUGCAUCCAACAAUUGUGAGUCAGUUGUGGAUACGUUACGGCCGAGCCGCGGUGGAUCUGUUCGCGUCAGAAGAAAACGCUCAGUGUCAGCUGUUCUUUUCAAUGCGCUGUCUAGACGCACUGUUAGGCGUGAACGCGCUCGCGCACGCUUGGCCGCCGGUCCUUCUGUACGCGUUCCCACCCCUGGCUCUAAUACCUCCGACUCUGGCCAGAGUGAGAGAGCAUCGCCACACGCUGAUCCUGAUAGCUCCGCACUGGCCUGCAAUGUAUUGGCUGGCGGAGAUAUAUCAGCUGCUGUGCGUGCAGCCGACAUACUGUCUCAGGCGGGGGGGACGAUUUUUCACCCACAUCCGGAACGCUUGGCACUAUGGGCCUGGCCGUGAGUGGUAUAAUUUGAGUACAGUGGGGCUUCCUCAGAAGGUGAUAAACACUAUUCAGAGUGCAAGGGCUUCCUCCACCAGGUCUCUUUAUGACUGUAAGUGGAGGGUGUUUGAGGAGUGGUGCCUCCAAAAGGGACACGUCUCUUUUCAAUGUCCUGUCGGUGUGAUUUUGUCAUUUCUGCAGGACUUGAUUGAUAAACACAGAGCUUUCUCUAUGAUUAAAGUGUACCUGGCUGCUAUUGCUGCAUGCCAUGUGGGUUUUGAGGGAAAGACGGCUAGCCAACAUCCCUUGGUCUGCCGUUUUAUGAAAGGGGCUCGCAGGCUCCUCCCUGUUUCUAGGUCACUGGUGCCCUUAUGGGACUUGGCAGUGGUUUUAGAUGGGCUCACUCGACCUCCAUUUGAACCCCUGGAAGAAGUUGACAUGAAACACCUGUCACUGAAGACAGUGUUGUUGCUGGCUAUGGCAUCCGCCAAGCGAGUCAGCGACAUUCAUGCGCUCUCUGUACAUCCUUCAUGCACUCAGUUUCCCCCGGGGCAAGCAAGAGUGUUGCUGAAGCCUAACCCUGCUUUUGUGCACAAGGUGGUUGGCUCAUGCACCCCCAUUGACCUUGCAGCAUUUUCUUUACCGUUAUGUUCUUCUGAAGAACAGCGGCCGAAUUUGCUGUGUCCAGUUCGUGCCUUGCACAUCUAUAUGGACAGGUCUAAAGAGUCUCAUGCAGUGACCAACUCUUUGUAUCCUGGGCUAACCCUCAUAAGGGCAAGCCCGUUACCAGGCAACGACUCUCCCACUGGAUUGUGGAAGCAACAGCUCUGGCUUAUACGAGUCAGGGUUUGCAGGCACCAACGGGCCUGCGUGCUCAUUCUACUCGUGGCCUAG